CCUACUUCCAAUACUAACACYACACAAGGUUCUUCUCAACAAGAAGCUAACAAGAUGAGCAACAAAAUUAAACUUGUGAUCUUGUCAGUUAUUGUUGGUGCUGGCAUUCUUAUCAUGAGCCUAAAAUUGAAAGAUUAUGCAUCCCCAAUAUUCAAACCAGCUUCAUCUCGUGAUGUAUCAAGUAAAAAAGAUUACCAAACAUCAGUCCCUUGCCCUUCACCAGCACCUUGCCCUGAAGUAGCUCCUGCCCCAGUCCCUUGCCCUUCACCAGCGCCUUGCCCUGCAGUAGCUCCAUCCCCAGUCCCUUAUAUUGAAACAAAGAGAGAGAUUGCCAAAAGAUUGGCUGAGAUUUACCUCCAGUUAAAGAACGAUGUCAGCCAUAGCAAACCACCCACACCAAAGACGCUUGUGGAACUCAAAGGCAUAAUUGGAGAACUUGAUCCAGCACAUAAGCUCAGCUAUGAAGAAAGAGAGCCAGCAGAACCAAAAAACUCAUCUGUAAUGCAGGAUGUGUGCCCAGAGAAGUAUAUGGGUGAAAAAUAUGACUAUCCAUUCUAUCACAAGGGAUGGCAACUGCAAGAUUGUAAAAAUGUUAAACCAUUAAACCAGGUCGUUAGCAUUGUUCUUAAUACAAUGGCGUAUCCUCAAUCAAUGGACAAGCAAGUCGAAACAGUGUUAAAAGGCAUCAACCAAACYUAUCCACAAGUCAAAGUGCUCUUAGCAGCCAAGACAAACCAAAUGGAAGAAGCUGCUAAAAAUUACCCAAAUGUCAAAACUGUUGCUGUCAGUAAAGACAGCUCUCUUGGUAAAGUGUGGAACCAACUUAUCAAUGAAGUCUCAACUCCCUACACACUUGUUGCACGUGAUGUUGUUCAUUUUACUUGGGUGGUACGUAUUGAACGACAAAUUCGCAUGAUAAGUACAACAGACCAUGUUGCAAUAGUUGGAGGAUCAUUCCGUAAUCUUACUGGACAUUGGCGAGUUGGAUGUCGRCAAACUAAACUAUUUAACUAUGUAUUACAGUAUGAAGAAGGUUACCACUACUCAAGACAYUCAUGCAUGUUUUGUGAUGACUUGGAAGGGCCAUUUGUUGCCCGAACUGAUCUUCUGAAAAGCCUCAAAUUCAGUGAAAAGUAUAGCAAAGAAAUCUUGUUUGAAGAAUUCUUUCUUCGUGUUUUUCAAACUGGAAACUUGAUAAUGAACUGCCCUGAUGCAAUGUAUUUCACAACAGACUACUCUACAGAAACUAAACAAAACAGCAAAUCAAUAUGGCGGCCUCUUGCAACAGACUUAAAGUUAGUACGGGUGGUUAUGAGUGAUUACGGGGUCAGACAUAUGUUUUCUUGUGGAGAAAUYUYRUACARGUGUGAUGCCAAGCAAAUAACAAAAUACAAAGCUCUUCCUAUGUGYUGUUUGGAGCAAUUUGGAAAUGCCAUGAAAUUUUUCCACGAUUUAUCCGUAAAAAAUAACCUUCAUUAUGAACUUGAUUCWGGUUCAAAUCUGGCAUGUGUAAAAUUCAACAACUACAACCCAUUUGACAUCGAUGGGGAUUUCUUCUUGUCAUCUCAUAACAUGUCAUUUGUAAACUCUCAAGCAAGUCUUGUAAAAAAGAGUGGAUUUUAUCUCGGUGGAUAUCAACCAGGAGGUGAUGGCUAUCUAGCUUUCAAUACUCCUGACAUUAAUAUAGAAGUUUGGGGAUUCAAGGUGAUGUCUGCUGACUUGUUUUCUCCCCCAGAGUUAAACAAACCGUCACAUUACACCAAAUGCCGUGUGAAUAAUCACUGGAUAAACUGUGUUCAUUUUCCUGGRCUGUUUUCACGGAAUCGUUAUGGACCAGACAUUUURAAACACAGUCAAAGCUGGAGGAUGCAUGGACUAAAAACUAGCUUCAACAGAUAUUCACCGGGAUCGUAUGUUAAGUGCAAUGAUCCAACAUUUCAUUCAUGCUUAGAUAAAUUUCCUAAUGAUGGUAACAUUGCUUUCAAAGUUWUUUAACUGACAUUAUAAUGAUUAGAAUUGUACAAUUACAAUUGAAUAUUUAUAUUAUAAUAUAUCAAGUGUCAAAGUUGACUUUUCCUUUGCCUUCAAUGAGGCAAGACCUACAUUCCUCCAUUUAAUAAUGAACAAGACAGCAAUAAAUAACACAGUAAAAGAGAAAAUAUAAUUGAGGAAACAUUAACGUGAGUAGAUUUGUAAGUGAUUUGAGCAUAUUUGACGUUGAAUCCAUGUCAAAAGAAUCCACCAAAAGACARCACAUGGAAGUUGUGAAUGUCAUGUGAUAGGUUUCAUUUGUACCCAGUGCAUUAUAUAUUCGGCUCGACAAUUUGUACCCGAAAGACGACCAUGAACAUGAUGAAAAAGAAUGCCAAAAUUUAAACUUAUUGCCGAACUUUUGUAACAAGACUACUCAAACUGGGCUUCCUGUAUAUCUAUCACGAGAUUUAAGGGCCUUUAUGGGUAAUUGAACAUGUGACUUAACUUAAACUGUAGUGCACAAACACGACUUUAUUGAUAGAUAGAUUCACAAAAGGAUAAAACUAAAACAAGCCUAUGUCUAGCCCGAGUAACAAGUUUCAGUCGUCUAUAUGUGUAAAUAAGGAAUUUAAUAUGCUUGUUUAUAAAUAAUUKAUGCGUUUAUAUAAGGCCCCUUCCAGAUGUCGAUCUUUUGUCAAGUUUAAUCUUACUAAUUGGUGGAGUUCAGUUUAUUAGCAUUUGAGUUUAUUGACAUUAGUAGAUUUUGUUCAGCUGGACAAACUUACUAUAAUCCGUAAAUAUCAAUUGAUGUAGACUGCAAAAUUUUCAAGAACUGCAUGUAAGCAAUUAGAUUAGAUGCGGCAAAAGAUCGACGUCUGAAACGGACCUAAAGUUGAUAAAAACAUUUUUUGUAAGUGAUAAUUGAAUGACAUUGUACCUGAUAAAAGGUUUUGUAAAAAUUAUGAUUAGUAAUAUAUAUAUUAUAUYUGCAAUGAAUUAUACUUGAUCAUCAAAAACUUAAACCAAUAAUUUUUUUUAUAAUCACCAAGGAGAUACAUUUACUUAUAAAUUCUAUAAAUAGCUCUUUUAAACAAUUAUGGUUGGUUCAAGAUUAUUUCCACUUUUUUAUCAGAAAAAGAUUCCAUUGACUGGGAAUUUGGGUUAAUUAUUAAAAAUAGUGUUAUGUAUAGUUUAAAACACUAAUUUGAAACUCAAAUACGUUAAAAAAAGUAAAAAAAGUUUUGAGAUAAAUAGGGCAAACUGAUUAUACGCGAAUCACUUGACAAAGUACUCUUGUCAUCCCACAUUGAAUACGCAUAAAGUAAAAUAGAAGUGCUGAUGGCAGUUUUAUUGCAAUCGAUUGACAUCCUGCA